AUGGGGCCAGAGAGACCGAGAGAGAAAGAGCAAGAACUGUGGUGCGGACAUCCUGACCAACCUUCAGCCAUGAAGAUCCUUUACCUUCUCUUGGCUGUUGUCUUCUUGGUGCUCCAGAGUGCUCCAGGAUUCACCCAGGCUCAGAACAUCAUUCAGUGUAUACGUCUCGGGGGUUCCUGCCAGAGUGGGUCAUGUCCCAGCGGUUUUGCUCGUAUUGGCACCUGCAGCGGUUCAGACAGCUGCUGUCUACAGUAA